UUUCGUAUCCGCACCAGAGAAGCGUAGGUGGUAAAAAAUGGUGAAGUUUCUAAAACCUAACAAGGCGGUGAUUCUCUUGCAAGGCCGCUAUGCCGGCAAGAAAGCCGUGAUCGUCAAGACCUUCGACGACGGCAGCCGUGAGAAGCCCUACGGUCACUGUCUCGUUGCCGGGAUCAAGAAGUACCCUAGCAAAGUGAUCAAGAAGGACUCCGCGAAGAAGACGGCGAAGAAAUCUAGGGUUAAGGCGUUCGUGAAGCUGGUGAAUUAUCAACAUCUGAUGCCUACUCGUUAUACUCUGGAUGUGGAUCUGAAAGACGCUGUUGUUCCUGAUGUUCUUCAAUCGAAGGAUAAGAAGGUGACUGCGUUGAAAGAGACUAAGAAGAGGUUUGAAGAGAGGUUCAAAACAGGGAAGAACAGGUGGUUUUUCACCAAGCUUAGGUUUUGAAUAUUAGCUUUCGUUUCGUUUCUAGCUAUACAUUUUGAGUUUUAUUUAUUAUGAAUCGAUUAUGGAUGAUGAACUUGUGGCUUAGUUUUGAUUAUGUAAGAGAUUUUGUUUUUAGAUUUUGAUGGUAACUAAAUUGAAGGGUUAUAUGCAA